AUGGCCAGCGGAGGUGGCAUCGUGCACGGCGGAGAGUACGACAUGCCGCAGGAGCCGGCGAUGGUCACCCAGGCGCCCGUCGCGCAGCUUCCGGCGACAUGGACGCGGUCACCUGUAGUCACGAGCCGCUCGGGUCGAUCCUCAAUGGGCCCUGCAGAAGUCGUCAAGCACGUGGAGCGCAAGAAGGUGGAGUAUCACACCAUCCUCCGGGAGCAGCCGCAGGUGGAGGUGGUGGAGAAGCAUGUGGACGUUCCGCGCAUCGAGGUGCGCGAGCGAGUAGAGGAAGUGCCUCUGACGCUGGUCCACGAGACCCUCGUCGAGGUCCCCGACGUGAGGCAGGAUGAGAUCAUCAGAGAGGUUCCGAAGGUGGACUACCACGAGUUGGUUAAGCAGAUCGAGCUCCCGGUGGCGCAAGGUCGGGAGCGUGUCUUGGAGGUCCCCAUGACGCUGACUCAGGAAGCCUAUGUGGAAAUCCCGCGCUACGAGCGCGUGGAAGUUCAGAAGCAGGUGGCCAAGCCGACGGUAAAGAAGGUGCCGAAGCAUGUGGAGAAGCCGGUGGUGCAGGUCCGUGAGCGAACGCAGCAAGUCCCCAGCAUCACGAUGAAGCAGGAGCUGGUCGAGGUGCCUCGACCCGAGUUCAUGGAGAUGAUCAAGCAAGUCCCCGUGGAGGAAGUGCGCCAUAUUGAGAGGAAAGUCGACAGACCGCAGGUGCAGCUUGUCGAGCAUCCAGUGGAGGUGGUGCUCCACGAGAUCCACGACAGCAUCGUGGAGGUGCCGGAGAUAGAAUACCACGAGGUUAUCAAGGAGGUGCCUCGCGUGGAGAUUCAGUACGUGGACAAGCAGGUGGAGGUGCACAAGAUCGAAUACAUCGAGAAGGUGGUGGAAGUGCCUCAGAUCAUCUACGAGGAGCGUAUUAUUGAAGUGCCGGAGGUGGAGUAUCGGGAGGUCAUCAAGCAGGUGCCGAAGCCCGUAGUGCAGUAUGUGGACAAGGAGGUGCCGAAGCACACGAUGCAGUACUUCGAGAAGGUCACGGAAGUGCCAACCGUGAUUCAGCACGAGGUGCCUGUGGAGGUUCCCGAGGUCCACACGGUGGAGACCAUCACGGAGGUCCCGCGCCCACAGUACCAGGCCGUUCCCAAAGAGAUCCCCAAGUUCCACAUCGAAGUGCAAGAGAAGGUGGAGUCACUCCACGGGAUUCUACAAGAGGAGCGCGUGCUCCAGGUCGACAGAACCGAGAGGGUGCAGGUGAUUCGCGAGGUGCCGAAGCCGAUCGUGGAAUAUGUGAACAAAGAGGUCCCGCGAUUCGAGACCCGGGUAGUCGAGAAGGUCGUUGAGGUGCCCACGGUGCUCCACCAGGAGAUCAUCGUCGAGGUGCCCGAGAUACAGGUCGCCGAGGCGAUUCGAGAGAUGCCCAACGAGAUGACGCAGCAGGCCGUGAAGGAAGUUCCCAGGUAUGAGAUGGAGUACGUGCAGAAGGAGCUUCAAGUCACUGGGGGCGUGCCAUUGGUGCACAGUGCAAUGCCUACGGUGACAUCGCCCCAGACGUACAGCCGGGCCAUCUCUACGCCCAUCACCGUUGGCCCGCCUGUGCUCGGGCCUGCGGUGGCCGUGGGGCCUCCUGUCCGCGGCCCUCCGGUGACCACGGGCCCUCCCGUGGCCGUGGGGCCGCCGGUGGCCAUGGGCCCUCC